CUCUCUUGCGCACGCAUGCAAGUAUGCAACUCUCGGCCAAAUAAAUCACUCUCUCCCUCGCUGUACGGACUCACCCGAGAGACUCAUUGAGUCAUUUAGCCGUAUUUCUCUCUGAAGCUUCAGCGCAAUGCACGACUAUAAUAAAUAAAUAAUAUAUAUAUUUUUAUUAAUUUCUUCCUCUUUCCCGCAUCCCCGCCUCUCCCUCUCUCUUUCUCUCUCUCUCGUGCUCGCUCUCGAAACCCUAGCUUGUGGAGAAAUGGCGGAGGAGAUCGGAGGAAACCCUAGGUUCUUCGUUGCGGUUCACGUGGGCGCGGGGUUCCAUUCGCCCUCGAACGAGAAGGCCUUUAGGCGCGCCAUGAAGAGAGCGUGCCUCGCCGCCGCUUCCGUCCUUCGCAAGGUUGAUGUUGGAAUUUUGGAUGCUGUUUCAGCUGCCAUUCAAGUCUUAGAGGAUGAUCCAGUCACAAAUGCUGGUCGAGGUUCGAAUUUGACCGAAAGUGGUCAUGUGGAGUGUGAUGCAAGCAUAAUGGAUGGUUGUUCUGGCGCCUUCGGAGCGGUUGGAGCAGUACGAGGUGUAAGGAAUGCCAUUCAAAUUGCUACGUGCUUGGCUAAGGAGCAAAUGUUGGGAUCUUCCUUACUUGGUCGAAUACCUCCAAUCUUUUUGGUGGGUGAAGGCGCACGUGAAUGGGGAAAGUCUAAAGGAAUAAAUGUGCCAGCAACUAUUUCAGAAGCAAAUUCAUGGUUGGUGACGGAGAGGACGAAAGCACAAUGGCUGAAAUAUAAAUCAAUGCUUGGAGAUGUUAAGAGACAAGAGGAAUGCUCCAGUACAGCAUCUACUUCUGAUUCUGUUAAAAGUGCAGUACCAUUGUUAGAAUCAGUGACAGAAGGACAACCUUUUAUUGUCUCAAAGAAGAGAGAAGACCCAUUUGUCGGAAGUGAUAGGGAGGAUUGCAUGAUGGAUACAGUUGGAGUAGUUUGCAUUGAUAAAUUUGGUAAUGUUGCAUCAGGAGCAUCAAGUGGCGGCAUUGCUUUGAAGAUUGAUGGCCGUGUUGGAUUAGCUGCAAUGUACGGCUCAGGUUGCUGGGCUUCAUCAAAAGAUCUCUUUGGAGCUCCUUGCAUAGUUGGUUGUUGUGCAAGUGGUGCUGGCGAAUACUUGAUCAAAGGAUUUGCAGCGCGUGAAUGUUGUGUGUCAUCAUCAUUAUCACAGUCGGGUCCCGCUUCUGCAUGCAUAAAAGUUCUGCGUUCUGUUGUUCAGAGUAGUCGUCAAAAUUCCCACGAUACAGGUGCUGGGUUGUUGCUGGUGCAGGCGGACACUCUCAAGGUGGCCGAGAAGUUAACAGUAUUAAAGGCUGUCGAGGUUGUUGCGGCCUACUCCUCUUCGUCCUUUGGAGUAGGCUAUUUCGGAAGUUCCAUGGAUCGACCCAAGAUAUCCAUACUCAGAAAUUCAGGACCCACGAGCCAGAAUACGAUCAAUCAUUUUGGAGCUCGAAUUGAUCUUACUACGGCAAAAUCAUGAGAGAGAGAGAGAGAGAGAGAGAGAGAGAGAGAGAGAAGAAGAAGAUUAUCAAAACCUUGAACAAGAUGCCAUGCCCCAAAAUUUGCAAAUCUUCACUGCUUUUUAUGCUGUUUGCAGAAGAUAAGUGUCAUCAUUAUUUCUCUUAUUUUCCUCAUAUCAUUCGUAAUGCUUUGGCAUUACAACUAUUGACAUGCGAAGGUCAUGUAUUCCUUUGUAGAACUUUAUUUUUUUUAAAAAAAAGAGUUUUAGUAAA